AUGUCAACAGAAAAAGAUAUUUUGAUUGUCGAACCAUUUAAUGGAGGGUCGCAUGGUCAGCUCAUCAAACUGCUGCAAUCAGAUCAUGACAUUGGGCAAAGAUGUCUUAUUGUAUCUCUCCCAGCAAAGAAGUGGCACUGGCGCGCACGAACGUCAGCGCUCGCCUUUAGCCAAACAAUCCCAUACUCCAGCAGCUACAGGGUUCUCUUCAGUAGUUCUGUGUUAAACUUAGCAGAACUGAUUGCCCUUCGCCCUGACCUGGCCCAGUUAAAGAAGAUUGUCUAUUUUCAUGAAAACCAGUUGGUGUACCCUGUUCGUAAGACGAAAGAGAGAGACUUCCAGUACGGCUAUAACCAGAUCUUGACAAGUCUGGUGGCUGAUGUAGUGGUAUUCAACUCUACUUUCAAUAUGGAGUCAUUUCUGUCAUCCAUUUCAAGACAUUUGAAGCUAAUACCGGACCACAGACCAAAGAAUCUUGAAGCUGUUAUACGCCCAAAGUGCAGAGUUCUCUACUUUCCAAUCAUCGUAAACCAUACUUGUGAUAAUGGGAUUCAUUCUUUGGAUGCAACAAACAGUGAUAUUCCUUCUGUUGAUGCUACAAACAGUGAUAUUCAACCUGUUGAUGCUACAAAUAGAGAUAAUCAUUCUGUUGAUUCCACAAAUAGAGAGAUUAAUUCUAUUGAUUCUACCAACAGAGAUAGUCAUUCUCUUGAUUCUACAAACAAAGAUAUUAAAUCCAUUGAUUCUUCAAACAGUGGUAUUCAACUCAUUGUUUCUACAAGCACAAAUAGCCAUUCUGGUAAUCCUACGAAUAGAGAUAUUUAUUAUGUUGAUUCUGCAAACUUAGAUAUUCAUUCUUGUAAUCCUACAAACAGAGAUAUUCAUUCUAAUAAACAUACAAAUAGAGACAUCCCUUGUGUUGAUACCACACAAAUUCGUGAAGAAAAUGAGAAGGAACACGAUAAAGAUCCAGAAAGCUUUUUCAAGGCACUGUUACAGCUGCAGACUGAAGGUUUUGAUUUUGUUGUCUCUGUUGUUGGAGAGACAUUUACAGAUGUGCCUGAAAUUUUUGAUUCAAUGAAACCACUUCUUGCCGACAAAAUUCUGGCCUGGGGAUACCAGCCCCGAGAAGACUAUCUCAGAAUUAUGAAUUCUGCUCAUGUUGUGGUCUCUACAGCUUUACACGAGUUCUUUGGUGUUGCAGUGUUAGAGGCUACAGCUCAUGGAUGUUACCCCCUGUGCCCAAAACGGCUUGUCUACCCGGAGUUAUACCCGGCUGAGUGUCUUUAUGCUACACAGUCACAGUUGGUCAAGGAACUGAAACGAUUUUGCCAGCGGCCAUCCCUUGCAAAAACGGACAAAUUCAAGAUUCUUGUGGAAAAGUUUUCCUGGCAAAAUUUGCAAGGUGAAUAUAAAAAAUUGCUGCUGGACUAG